AUGAGCUCCGAAAUUUGUAGCGCAAAGGGAAAUGGGAACUGCUUGGGAUGGGCUGCGAGGGAUGCUUCUGGAGUCCUAUCACCUUACAAGUUUAACCGAAGGGAUGUUCAAGGCGAUGACGUUUCGAUAAAGAUUACACAUUGCGGAGUAUGUUAUGCUGACAUUCUUUGGCCAAGGAACAAACAUGGAGAUGCAACUUAUCCUAUGGUGCCUGGACAUGAGAUGGCUGGCAUUGUUCAAGAGGUUGGUCCAAAUGUUCAUCGCUUCAAAGUUGGCGACCAUGUUGGAGUUGGAACUUAUACUAAUUCAUGUCGAGAUUGCGAGCAUUGUAACGAUGGCCAAGAAGUUUACUGUAAUCGAAGAGUAAGAACUUAUAACAAUCUUGAUUACGAUGGUACACUCACAUAUGGAGGAUUCUCCACUUUCACUGUUGUCCAUGAAAGGUACUGCUUUAAAAUACCAGAAGAUUAUCCAUUGGCUUCAGCAGCACCACUGCUUUGUGCUGGUAUUACUGUUUACUCUCCCAUGAUGGACCAUAAGAUGAACCAACCCGGGAAAUCCCUAGGCGUGAUCGGCCUUGGCGGUCUUGGUCACAUGGCUGUGAAAUUCGGCAAGGCUUUCGGACUCAAUGUCACCGUUUUCAGCACAAGCAUGUCGAAGAAAGAUGAAGCUUUUACUGUGCUUGGGGCAGACAACUUCGUAGUCUCGUCUGAUCAAGACCAAAUGACGGCACUAGCUAAGUCACUUGACUUUAUCAUUGACACAGCAUCUGGUGAUCACCCAUUCGACGAGUACAUGUCACUACUGAAGACUGCUGGUGUUCUAGUCCUCGUGGCUGCCCCAAGUGAAAUCAAAUUGAGCCCUAUAAGCCUUAUUAUGGGCAAGAAAUCAAUUACCGGUAGUGGAACAGGUGGUACAAAACUGAUUCAAGAAAUGAUAGACUUCUGUGCUGCUCACAAAAUAUAUCCAAACAUAGAAGUUGUUCCAAUUCAGUAUGUGAAUGAAGCUCUUGAGCGAAUCAUAAAAAAGGAUGUUAAGUACCGAUUUGUGAUAGAUAUUGAAAAUUCCUUGAAAUGA